GCCGCAGAUUACAAUAGCCACGGCGAUCAUGCUCUGCCACCGCUUCUACCUCCGCCAGUCUCACGCCAAGAACCAGUGGCAGAUACAAAAUAUUUUCAUUAUGGCUAUCAGACCCUAACAUUAUGUGACUUUGUACCUUUGCUGGGGGUUAGUCGAGAGUAUUGUGUGUCAUAAGAAAACACAGGAGUUUGUGGGUCUACAGAUAUAUUCAAGGUGGCUUCAUUUGAAAUAUGUCCACAUGUGUGUACUUCACUCGGGUACACAUUAAGUGGUGUACUGGUCGCUCGGGUGGUAUAAACUGCCAUGAUGCUUCUUUUUUUAAAAAAAAAGAAAAGAAAAGAAAAGAAAAGAAAAGCUGAAACAUGAGUUUGUAAUCAUUCCUGAGGAGUCGAGCAGUUUCACCUUCACAAAUAAGAGGUCUGGGUGUGAGUUUUAGUUAAAGCAAUUUACCCGGAGCACCUAAAUUGCAAUUGUGGACGAAGGUGUGACCUUUUGGAGCAACUUUAUCGAACUUGAAGCAGCACUUUCUUAUAAUACUCGUAUCAACUGUAGCAACUGUUUGUGUAUUUCUUGCUUCAAAGAUGGAAGACACACCUUGCUUAUUAAAACACGUGGUCAUCGUGGCAUAUGAAACAAUGUACCAGAAAAACCCUGAUGCUGCUAAGAGAAUCCACCAGGAGCAGGAAGUUCUUGCAAAGCAGAAAGCGCUGAUUUUGGUGGGGGAGACACUAUUGCUUUCAACCAUUAGGUUUGAUUUCAAUAUACAGCAUCCUUAUGAACCACUAAAGUUCGCUCUGAAGAAACUGGGAAUCGUCCAGAAGGAACUAAGACAAUCUGCCAUGGCUCUCAUUAAUGAUAUGCUUCCAACUACUUUAGUUGUGCAGUUCAAACCACACUACAUAGCUGCUGGAUCACUAUGCCUUGCUGCCGAAUUUCACAAUGUUGAUCUUUCCCAGAAUGAGAUAAUAUGGUGGCAUGUGUUCGAUGUUGCUCUAGAUCCGUUGAAAGUUGUUGUGCAGCAAAUGUGUCAGUUAUUUAAGAAAAGGGCCCCAUGCUCUAUGGGUCCUGUUAUCAAGCCUGUACCAACUUCAAGUGCAAUGGAUAAACAUCAGAUCAAGCUGACUCCAACUCUAACUCCAAGUCCAAUGGAUAAGCAUCAGAUCUUGAUUCCAACUCCAGCUCCAAUAUAUAGACAUCAGAGCAAGCCGAUUCCAACUCCAAUGGAUAAACAGCAGAGCAAUCUAGCUUUUCAUCCGAUGGAUAAACAGCAGAUGAAGCCAGCUCCAACUCCAAUGGAUAAACAGCAGAUCAAGCUGGCUGCAGCUCCAGCUCCAGCUCCAAUGUAUAGACAUCAGAUCAAGCCGAUUCCAACUCCAAUGGAUAAACAGCAGAGCAAUCUAGCUCCAACACCGAUGGAUAAACAGCAGAUGAGGAUGGCUGCAGCUCCAGUGCUGACGGAUAGACAGCGGAUAGUAAGCGCCCCAGUUCCUGCUCUGAGGCACACACAAUCUUCAAGGAGAAAUUUUAGCGAUGGCAAUACAGAAGUUUCUAGUUGUGUGACUACCAGUAGUUCAUUUAACAAGAAUUCCACAGGCAGGUCACCAAGGAAUGAAGGGAAUUGGUACCGAGGAAAGAAUGAAGAGAAUCCGUAUUGGCGAAGACACAUAAAUCAUAACUUGGAGCAUAGGUUAGAAGAACGGUCUAAUCAGAGAACUCUGAAGUCUGAUCUUGCUUACCUUGUUCGUAGUGGGCCAAAGGAUACAAAUGCAACAGAGAUCAAGAAUCUGACCAGACAGAAGAGAAGAAUUCAAGAGGUUGGAGGGCUCCCAACUCCAGUUUAUAUGACUGAUACAAACGCUUGGAGGCAAGGUAGUGGUGUAAUUGUUUUUGAAACAACUUCAUCUCGGCAGAAACAGAAGGUCGAGAGAAGAUGAACCAUAGGAGUUGCUAUUUUUAUUUGGUAAUAUAUGCAGAGACUCGGAUCUCUGCUAGACUGCUGCUUUGAGAUAAAGGUGUCUAAUGUGGACGGGUCUGUAAAUUAAGUCACUCGUGCACAUCAAAUGCACCCAGCUUGCACAGAAAUGCCAUAUUAUCUCCAUGUACAAGCCUAUUUAGUCUUAUAGGCACGAAUGGAUAGUGAUGGAGAUAGCUGAUCUUGGGCACCUAGUGUCAUCUUUUAUUUUAUACUGAGCUGUGUGGCUCAGACAAAACAAAUUUUGUGGUGUAUAUAUAUAAUUUUGUAGCAAUGUCCAUGUGUAUAUUAGAUCGGUGCUCUAAUUCUGUUUACAUUUUCUCAGAUCGUCCAAUGCUAUGUACACUGUGGUUGUCUUUAC